GGGCUCGCGCCGCGCGUGCUCCAGGGGCGGGAAGUUUUUUUUUCCGCCGCCGCCAUCUUGUAAUGGCGUCUCUCCGCUAAAGGGGAGAAAAAAGCGAAGGGAGUGAAGCUGGGGGGGGGGGUCGCAGCAGCAGCAGGAGCAGAGAGAGCGCGCGCGACGAAAGGGGGUGCACGGGGGGCUCAGACGCGAACCGAAACCCGAGCACAGAUUUUUUUUUUACCUCGAGCGUCUUGACCAAAAAAAAAACACAACAACAACAAAACGACCAUCCGCAACUACCCCGGCCAUCGAUUCACAACAACACCCGCCGCCGUCGCCGCGGAGCGAGGCGAUCAUGGACGCCGGGGCGAGCGGGCGCCUCAAGGAGCCGUGAGGCGGGACCCCCCGGGGUGGGGGGAUCGGGGGGGAAGCCUCACGGCGGGGGGAGGUGGAGGCGCUGCCGCCGCCACCACCGCCAGCCCGCGCCGUCUUUGUGUUUUUUUACCGCGUUAUUUCUUGGCUUGGGGGGAAAAAAAAACAAGCGGAGAUGAGUAGCAAGCUGUCGUUCCGCGCCCGGGCGCUGGACGCCUCGAAGCCGCUUCCCGUGUUCCGCGCCGAGGCGCUGCCCGACCUGCAGGACGCCGUCUCCAUCAGCCGCGCCGUCCCUCAGAUGCCCACGGGCAUGGAGCGGGAGGAGGAGUCGGAGCACCACCUGCAGCGGGCGAUGUCGGCGCAGCAGGCGUACGGCGAGAAGCGCGAGAGCAUGGUGAUACCCGUGCCCGAGGCGCAGAGCAACGUGCCGUACUUCCACGAUCUCUACCCCAGCACCUACCGUCUGCCCAAGCAGCUGAUCCGCCUACCACCGCUGAGCCUGGAGCCGGACCUGCCCGAGUAUGACUUGGACUCGGAGGACGAGGUGUUCCUGGCACGGUCCGGCCGCCGCUACCCCAUCACUCCGAUACAGCUGGAGGCCAUGGUGGAGCGGCUAGAGAAGGGCAGCGGCAUGCAGUCCGUCACGCUUGCAGAGGCUCGACUACUGCUGCAGGAGGAGAAUGAGCUGAUAGAGGAGGUGUGGGAGUACUGGCGCAACAAGCGGCGGCGCUGCCGGGGCUGCUCGCUCAUGCCCUCGGUGCGGCAGGACCGGCGCGACGCUCCCGCCACGCCGGCCGGCAGCAACAGCAACAACCACAACCACAACCCCUACGUGGCCUUCCGCCGGCGCACCGAGAAGAUGCAGACGCGCAAGAACCGCAAGAACGAGGAGGCGUCGUACGAGCGCAUGCUGCGUCUGCGCCGCGAGCUGAGCCGCGCCGUCACCAUCCUGGAGAUGGUGAAGCGGCGCGAGGCCAACAAGCGCCAGCUCCUGCACCUCACGCUGCAGGUCGCCGUCAAGAGGUACGAGGCCGGAGACCUGAACGGGGACAUGCUCGCCGAGGUGCUGUCCCAGCGGCAGCAGGAGGCGACGGCGCCUGCCCACUCCCCGGCCUCCCCGCCGACGUUGCUCAACGGGGGCAGCCCCUACCACCACGUCGACUACAAGGUGCACCGGGAGCCAGGUCAGCCUGGGCGGCCCAAGCGCAAGUACGAGCACCAGAAGCACCGCCCGGGCGCCGGCCGUGCCGCAGCAACGCCGCCGGCUACCAGCGCCGUCACCCCCGCGCCGGCCCCGACCUUCAACCUGAAGGACCUCAACCAAUACGACUUCCACAGCUCCGGCGACGAGUCCCCGGUACCGGUUCAGUCUUCGUCAUCCGACUCGGAGCAGGAGAACGGUCCCGACGGGACGUUCACUUUCCGCCGGGUCGCUGGGUGCCUCUACCACGCGCCCCGGGAUUGCGAACCGAGCGGGCAGGCGGUCAGCGACGAUGACAACGGCAGAGGCGGCGUGCGUGGGUACAGCCUCACGUCGCUGUCGUCGCCGCCGCGCUGCAUGGGGCUCGCACGACGGCGCGUCGGGCGAGGCGGGAGGCUGCUCCUCGACCGCUUGCGCUCGCCGCUUGACGGCCUCCUGUGGAGGCUGAGCCCUGACGGCGGCGCGGAGGAGCGAGAGAAGCGGGAGGGGGAGGAGGAGCGGGCGACGUUGCCGAGUCCGGCCGAGCCCGGCGCGCCCUCGCCGCACCCGGCCCUCACCGAUCCGCUCAGCUGCCUCCUCGCGGACAUCCGCGCCUCGCGCUGCCCGCACUACCGCCCGCGGCACGGCGCCGCCGCUCACCCCGGCGCCGGCAAGCGGCCACGGCACGGCGGCGGGGCGCGGCACGUGGCCACGGACCACGGCGGCUUCACGCAGGAGCAGUACGCGAGGCACCAGCAGCAAGUGGCGGACAUGCAGCGCGAGCAGAGCGCCGCUCACUCACUGCACCAGCAGCAACAGGGCCCCCGUUUGGGGAACACUCUGGACUCAGCCGGCGCCCUCUUCGCCGUCACGGCGCUGCUGGGCCCCACCGACCCACUGCCGCUAGCCUCGGGCGGCGCCGCCGCGGUCACCGGCGCGUCUGCAAGCGCCCUCUCUCCCGCACGCGCCGGCACCUUGGUGGGCACGGUGCCUCUCCCCGCCAGCCUCGCCAACUGCGUCCCGGUGGGCCCUGGGGCCUCGGUGGCGCUGGGCGGCGGAGGGCCAUCGGCGCAACAGCCCACGGCACUGGCGGCCAUGCGGCACGUGGCCCCGAUGCACCAGCAUCACCUCGCCGGCGCGGGCGGCGCCAUCCCACAACAGCCGACGACCGUGGCUGCACUGCAGCACCAGCAGCAGUUACAGCAGCAGCAGCAGCAGUUACAACACCUUCAGCAGCAGCAGCAGCAGCAGUUACAGCACCAGCAACAGUUACAGCAGCAUCAGUUGCAGCAGCAGUUGCAGCAGCAGCAGCAGCAACUGCUGCAGCAACCGGGCACGAUGGCUCAAACAGGAAGCUGCGUCCCAGCACAGCCGCUAGUGCGGGCUGCCAUGGCAACGCACGCUGUCGGCAGCAGCGUGGCGAUCGCUCACAUCGCAAGCAAGGCCGCGGCGGUCGUGUCGUCGGCGGCGCAACCGGUGUACGCGAGGACGGCGACGGUGCAGCUCGCCGGCGUCCGGCCUCUCGCAGCCGUGCCGGCGCAGCACGCGCCGCGGCCCCACCACGCCCGCCCGGCGCCCGUGCCGGUGCCCGUGUCGGCGCCGGCGCCCUGCUCGCGCCCAGCCGGCUGCUCCUCGCCGCUGCCCGGCGGCGGCGCUCCCCUGCACGCGCACGCGGCGCCGCGGCCUCCGCACGGAGCGGCGGCC